CGUCAAAUGUCCCGAGGCCCUGACGACACAAGUCCAUGCGGUGCUGGAGGCAUAUAAAAUACCACCCAUCUACCGGGAACUUCGCUUCUCAUCCCCGCCAGUAUCAGUCGACGAGACACCGAUCAGACCAUGGCUGUGCAAAUUCCUGCACAGACGAUCCAUAGGGAUCCCCAGCUCUUCUACUGGAUUCUGAUCCCGAUCACUGUUGUCAUGAUCCUCACCGGCAUGUUGAGGCAUUACGCCGCCGUGCUUAUGGUCCCAUCGCCCAAACGGCUUGAGGCCAAGACAAUGAGGGAGCAACGAUCUCUACUGCACGGUAUCGGGAUACGCAGCAACUACCACGUUCUGUCAAAACGAUCGUUCAACACGCGCCGUGACACCCUAACAGCCGCAUACGAAUCUGGUGCUUUCUUGAAGGCCCCAGAAAGUCGUGGCCAGGCGCCCCCGAACCCCAUGACGGAUCCCAAUGCGAUGGAGGGAAUGAUGGGCAUGAUGAAGAACAAUAUGGCCAUGAUCAUCCCUAACACGCUUAUCAUGAGCUGGAUCAAUACAUUUUUCAGUGGCUAUGUCAUUAUGAAGCUCCCUUUCCCCCUCACCGUCAAGUUCAAGAGCAUGCUCCAGGCUGGCGUCGCUACCCGAGACAUGGAUCCGAGAUGGAUGUCGAGCAUUAGCUGGUAUUUUCUGUGCAUAUUCGGCUUGCAGUCUGUUUUCAACUUCCUGCUUGGCAGUGAUAAUGCUGCGAAUCAAAUGGCUCAGCAGAUGGGUCAGAUGGGACCACAAGCCCCCCAGAUGUUCGGGCCAGGUGUUGACCCUGACAAACAAUUCUUGGCAGAGGUUGAAAACCUCGCCGUCAUCGAGCACUACUCGGUUCUUGACGAGGUGGAGCACAGACUACUCAAACAGGUUCGGCGGUCCUGAUGCUGCUGGCGGUUCUUCGGUCUCAAAUCUCAACGGUCCAGAACAAGUCGAGGGAGUGAGCUCCGAGGCGGGUAUGGAAUUGUAGCUUGCAGCACCCCUGUAAGGUAUCUCAAAUCUCACCGUUGUCAACCGGCUCUUCGGCAGCCUCGGCGUCGCCGUCAUCCCCCCACCAUAGACAAACCCCUAAGCCUUCCUCCUUCAUUGUGCCGGUGAUUCGGUAUGGCGGUUUCUUCUCAUGCGGCUCAUUUCCCUCGAUUGGUUUCGUCGGUGUCUGGUCAUGCCAUUCUUCUGCGCUUACCCGAAAGCGGACAACCUCGUGGAUGUCAUAGUACAUGUCCUCUCCAUCUACGUGCCAGACCCAGAGCGACUGUUCGUGGUUGCUAUCGGGAGGCUGCCAGUCAGAUGUUGUGCGAGUAGGAGCAGGGUCAGUUUACGAGACAUACAAGGUGGCCCCUUCAGGUAGCUCGUCAAAUGGAAUGAAGAUAUCAUCAAAGAAGUCGGUGCGCACUGAAUCCCUCCGAUGGUUAGCAUUGAUCGGCUGUUCGAAGACGGGAGUUGUUUGGGGUUACAGACAGUGAAUUCCAUCCUUCACG